AUGGAGGCGGCGCCGGUCCCGGAGGAUCUCACCGACGGCGAGGCCGACGCCGACGAGGACUACAUCAACGACGCCGCGCGCUUCAACGUCACGCUUCGCGUGGAGGCGCUGUUCCCAAAGAUCGACGUCGACCCUGCCGAUGGCGCCGUCACGGGCGCCGAGCUGGCCGCGUGGAACCUCGCGAAUGCGCGGCGGGAGGUGCUGCACCGCACCGCCCGGGAGCUCGAGCUGCACGACCGCGAUCACGACGGCCGCAUCGCCUUCGGCGAGUACGAGCGGCCCAGCUGGGCCUGGCGUUUCGACGAUCAUAACUCAACUAAUGAUGGAGUGGGAUGGUGGAAGGAGGAGCAUUUUAGUGCUGCAGAUAUGGAUGGUGAUGGCUUUCUAAAUCUUACUGAGUUUAAUGACUUUUUACAUCCAGCUGAUACAACCAACCCAAAGCUAAUACAUUGGUUGUGCAAAGAAGAAGUCAGGGAAAGAGAUAAAGACAACGAUGGAAAGCUCAAUUUCCAAGAGUUCUUCAGUGGAUUAUUUUAUUCAAUUCGACACUAUGAUGAGGAAGGCAUAACAGAUGAUACUGGUGGCUCUGAUGCACCAGCUAAAAAAUCAUUUUCACACCUUGAUCUGGAUAAUGAUGGGCUGUUGUCAGCUGAUGAGCUAAAGCCUAUAAUUGAUAAUCUCCAUCCGUCGGAACACUUCUAUUCCAAGCAACAAGCUGACUAUGUAAUAUCUCAGGCUGACACAAACAAAGAUGGACAGUUGAGCAUGAACGAGAUGAUCGAGAACCCCUAUGUCUUUUACAAUGCUUUAUUCACAGAAGAUGAUUAUGGCUUUCAUGACGAGCUCCGUUAG